AUGGAGCUGUCGAGGAUGGACGCCAGACUGACUCUAGUUGCAAAAUCAGCAGACCGACGCUCGUUGUCUGCCUUGGAUUUAGAGGAUGACGAUGGUGACAGUGUUGCAGAGAGUGCUCAGAAUAAGAGAUUUCAUGGUGGACUGGUCGCCAACCAGGAUCUGGAUCCGAUUACUGAAAUUCUCAAGGCGCAACACACUUGGAGAGACUCUGUUUUGGCUGCUGCCUCCUCUUACGAGGCCGAUACUAUUGCUGGACUAGCUCGACAGCCUCCCAACUCUCACGAAAAGGAAUUGGCUGCUUCACUUCUCGACAUUAUAAUGCCAACAAUUGACACAGCAGUAUCCAUACCAACUAUAUUGCUACAAAAUUUAUUGAUCUCGACCCUGCUCUCACGGCAGCCCGUUUACGACGCCCGACUCAAGACCGUAAUAGGAUCUUUGUCGACUGUGCUAUAUGAUAAAGCUUUAAAGCCCAUAAGUAAUGAGCAUACAAAGACAAGAACUCGCAUUCUGCUCGUCCAAGAGCUCGAAAGGGGAUGUGGUGAAGCAAUUUGGGGUGAAACUCACGAAGGGAAGAAGGAGAGGGAAACUCAGCGUAUAAAGAGGGUACAAGAAGCUCAUAGACGUAGUGUACAAGAUGAAAUUCGUGAAGCGAAGGAACGAGACUCGGCGAGAACAAGUAGGUUAUUCGCCGUCGGGCUUGGUAUGGUUGGUACAGGAUUGCUUGUGGGAGUCACAGGUGGUUUGGCGGCGCCGAUCAUAGGAGUCGGUCUUGGAUCAGCUUUUACAGCUUUGGGCAUCACAGGAACAGGACUUGCAGCUCUGUUUGGAUCGACUACUGGUGCUGCAAUGGUUGGUACUUUCUUUGGCCUCGCGGGUGGGGGACUUGCUGCUUAUAAAUUCAAUCGUCGUCUUGCCAAUCUGUCGGAAUUUGGCUUCCAUCCCAUCACACCACCUCAACGUACCAUGCAUCUAUGUAUAUGUAUAUCAGGCUGGCUAAUCACUCCCGAAGACCUCACAGAGCCAUGGAAGGCUACCAUUCCAAACCACUUUCCAUUCUCAGAAGCUUCGUCACUAGCCUUUGAUACUGAAGCCUUGUUGAAGCUGGGCUCAGCUCUACAAGACUUGUUGAAAUUCUCAGCAGGAUAUUAUGCAACCCUGGGCGUUCUACAACAAACCAUCUUGGCAGGCCUUGUAUCUGGUCUCAUCUUUCCUGUUGGCGUGAUGAACAUGUCGAAUCUCGUCGAUAAUCCCUGGUCAAUCGGUCUAGAUAGAGCUCGAAAGGCCGGUAAACUUCUAGCGAGGGACGUGCUGCUCAAACGUAUUCAUGGUGGACGUCCUGUUACUCUAAUCGGUUACUCUCUUGGGGCCAGGGUUAUUUACUACUGCUUGCGUGAACUGGCUCAUGAGCCUCACGGUCUGGGUCUCGGUCUGGUAGAAAAUGUAUAUUUGCUUGGGGCUCCAGUGCCAGCUGACGUCAAAAAAUGGGCAGCCGCAGCUACUGCAGUAUCUGGACGUAUCGUAAACGGUUAUAGUAAAACGGAUUGGCUUUUGGCGUUUUUGUUUCGAGCUGCUGAUCUGACCACUGGUGUUGCUGGAACUCGUCCCGUCGAAAUACCUGAUCUUGGAGGCAUCAAGAGCCGUGUAGAAAAUGUUGAGCUCUCCCAUAUCGUAGCAGGUCAUCUCAACUAUAAAGAAAGGCUUCCACAAAUAUUGGAAUAUAUUGGUGUUGAGCGUGGGGACGGAGAACUCUGGACUGCAGGUGGCUCUCUCAUUACUCCUCCAAGAGAGUCCCAUCCUGAUUUUGGGAGGUCGUCGCUGGAUGAGCAGAGAGAACCAUUGGCCAAGGAAAAACUGAGAGGGCCAUUCAAAGGAUUCGUGAAGAGCCGUCCUUCACUCGAUGAACAACGACCGACAACGAUAAGGCCAAAUCUUUCAUCGCUUGAGCCACUUUACGAGCAAGCCGCCAAAUCAAAGCAAAAUAUAGAUGCCCAAAUUCAACAGUUCAAGAAGAAGCAUGGAUGGGUACAAGUAUCAUCUGAUAAAAGCAUGUAG